CAGUCUACGAGAGUCUACGACUCUCCGUUCGAGACACAUGUCUGACUAUAUUGAGUAUACAUAUCUAUGUCCUCUAAAAACUCUUUAUCUAUAUAUUUAAUGACGCUAAAGGAAUUGUUGCUUACUAUCGCUGUGAUGUAUGUGUAUUUAUAUGUGGAUACAGAUUCUGAACAACGGCAGUAACGUAAUUCACGGGGGUGCGAAUUUAAGAAUCGAACUAUAAUUGUGUUGUAAAAAGUAUGAAGCUGUUUAGUAGUACCAAGUGUAAGGACCAGUCUAAUGUUGUGCAGAGGGUGUUGAUCACUGAUGUGUCUAACACUCUGUGCUGUAUGGUCUUGCGAGACCUAAUCAGUACCGGCAAACAUGUAGAGAUCGGUGUAAUAGUCGGCCGGGGCUGGAUGGGUGCUGUACGAGAGCGCAUUCGAGCGUGUCGGGAAUCUAACGCAAGUGAGUGGAGAGUACUAGCUGAUGAAGACUUGGAGAGAAUGCACCUGUUAGAAGGAGAUCUGAAAGAGCCCAAUCUCGGUCUGAAGGAAUGCGAUUACAGAACAUGGGUUAGCUCGGGUGUGAUCGUACACAAAAUUCCUGACGAAUGGGAGUGGUCUGCAUAUUCGGGCACUGACCAGCUUGCGAUCACAGACAAUAUACUAGACUUUGCCACCGUGGAAGACUAUCCUCACAAAGUUGUGCACUUUAUUUCCAGUAUAAAUACAGCCCUGGUGAAGGAGUGUGACAAUGGUACUGUUAAGGAUAAGCGGCAAAAUGUGCCGGAGUGCCUGAUCUCUUGUGGAGAUAGCCGAUUGGCCAGCGAUUUCGGUCGCGCUGUCGCGGGGAUUGAGAAGCAAGUAGCGAACGGAGCGCAGAAACGAGGCGUACGCGUCAUCUUAUACCGUAUCCCUUUUUUGGUUGACGAAGACUGUACAAUUUUACCAUCCACCUCGGUGCCUGUGGCUGUGGUUCAGCUGGCAGCAUUGACUGGGGUUGUGCUGAAGUGGCGGGACAAUAUGCCAUUAUUCCGCAUGGCGGCUUUAUCGCAUGUUGUAUCCACGCUGUGUAUCAAAACUCUUGAUCGCGGAGACAAGCGGAAGUGCACUGGGGCAGAGCAAUUAACUGUGCUACAUCUGAGUGAGCCUACGAAUAAAAAGAUCUGCUUAACUGAGCAGACCAAGAAUUUAUUUAAUGCAAUAGGUAUGUCCGGGGGAGAUCAAGUGGUUGAUUUUGACGACUUCCACGCUAGGCUCAAUAGUAUAAAGGGGGCAAACGGUUACGUCGAUGAGUUGUGUAGCUUUGGGCCUUUGCUGAGGGCUCAUAGUGCACAGGCAUAUUGCUCGCUGGAAACCACGAAGACUCGCAAGUUCCUGUCAUCGCACGGCUUAUCACUGAAGAAGUGUGCGAGCUCUUGUAGCGAUAAUAGUUUGUCAAAGGGGACGAUGCAGGCUAUGUGCAACGCGCUAUACGAGAAUGUGGGUGAGGAGAGCGCCACGAAAAUGCGAGCGGUGGCUGAGAGGACGUGUCGUAGAUCGGGAAUGCGUAGUAUGACACGUCCGUCUUGUUUACUAAAUAGGAAUAAGAAUGCUUGUAGUGAUGGUACAAUAGGCUCCAGUUAGUGUUGCAGUAUGUUUGUAUCGGUUUUUACUGCGUCAUGGACGUAGAAAGACCCACAAAAGUAAGACAUUAUAGGAACUAAAAAAUUUGAUUGUGAAAUUGCUUGAGUAAUUUC